AUGUUAGCUCUGGCUGAAAGCGUUUUAAUGCUUCUGAUGCUUUCCUUUUUUAUCAGGACUUGCAAGUUAUUGGCUUCCAAAUGCAAACCAAAUGGUCCAUCUCACCAUAUCUGUUUGCUAAGCUGUUUCAGAACCUUGGUACUUAUGUCACUUCACCUCCUAAUAACCACUGAGCUUGACGACGAUGCCAGCAAAUUGACAAAAGUGCCAGCGAAACCAACAAAGCUGGCAAUGGCAGCAAUAUCGACAUGGAGGAACAUGAUGUCUUCCGUAACCAACCUCAACUCACCAGUGGAUGAAGAUGUUGAUUGGCUCAACAGCUUACUUGGAUCAUGCUUAACCUGGAACUCUAAUACCUCGACUACUCACCCAUUCCCAGACCUUCAGUCAAUGGUGUUACUUGCUCUGGUAGAUGGUGACAACAAUAUGUUCUCUUGUAGAAUCUUGAAAAAGAUCCUUUUCACCAUCAGACUUGUUCUAAAGCUGCAAGAGGAAGCCAUCACAAACGGAUCACCUUUCAAGCUAUCCCGUUUGGAUGCACUCUUGAACUACCAGAGCAGAAAGAAGUCCAAGCUCCCUGUACUCACUUCGAUACCUGUGACAAUCGAUUUGCUCAAAAACAAGUCUGUCUUGGCAUAUGUAAACAUGCCCUCAGAUCACUUGAAGUUACUUGCCACGAACCCCGUGAAAGCAAAGUCCAUGUUUGCUAUGCCUGAUCAUAUGCCAGACCAGUUUGUAUGCUUACAGCAAGGCAAGAAAUGGAGAACACACAAGAAUUUCCAGCAGCCGAUGUUUACACACAACAAGAUAGACUUUUGGUCUGGGAUGUUGUUGAGUUUGCCAGUGGCUCUGCCAAUGCCUGUUUCUUUUUAUAAUGUUUUGCUCCCUGAAAACAACCAUUUCGUUCACAUCGAAACUAAGCGUACUAGUAUGAGAGUUAAGAAAUUACUCCAGGUUGAUGCUUCUCCUAUCGAUAUUGACUUUUGCUUCAGUGUGUCCCCAAGGAAGAUUGACCCCGUACUUCCAGUUCACUGGUCCUUGCUCCUAGUCCCCCAUUUCUUGAAACGGCAUAUCCCUCAAGAUCUUGACAACCUGAAUAACAAAAACCAUUUUUACAAGGUUAGGAUUGCGAUGAUAACACUCUUUACGAAUGACAUGUUAGGAAGCUGGUCAAAGCAGUACAAUCCUUACAAAAGUUGGUCUAUGAAGUGUGCAGCUCUUUCCUUUGAAGAGAAGUCUUUAAUAGAGAACAUCUACUUCCUAUCUGCAAUCCUAAAGAAAGAUGGUGCAAGUGGAAUGUCAUUGCUCCCUGUCUUUGUCAAAGACCUCAAGAUGCUUGAAGCUGGACUGGUAAUGUUCUCAGCUGAAGACAAUGAACAUGUCUUAGUCGUAGGACCACUUCUUUGGAUUGAGGCUGACACACCAUGCCAUUCCGAACUCUGUGGUUUACGUGCCUCUACUUGUCUAACCGCGGAAAAAUUGAAGGAUGAGAUACACUAUACGGGUAGUCAUGCUAGCAGAACUAAGGAACGUUAUCAGAUUGCUACAUCUACCCCAGAUAGAAGUUCAACUAUACUAGAUGCUCCCUUGACUGGUAAAAACUUUAAGGCAAGUGAACUAAGCUUCCAAUAUAUGGCAAUGAACGUACUGUUAGAUCUGGAUUCGUUUGAUCCGUCGACCAAUACACCUGUAGAAAUACUACAUAACAUUCUUCUUGGUGUUGCGAAGUAUUUGGUGACCGAUUUGGUAAAGGUCGUUCUAAAGGGACACCCCGGUUUACUAAACAAGCUAAUUGACUCCUUGAAUGAAUAUGAGAAGUCUCAAGGUUUAUCACGAAAGUUUACUAGACUCCUAAGACAUUGCGGCUCGUUCCUUGGAAGAGAUUUUAAGAUUCUUGUACAAAUCCUCCCCAUCGUCUUGGCUACCGAGUUUGUAAAUGAUAAUGAUCUCUCUCUCAUAACCCCAUGUUUUGUCCAUCUUGGCCGUCUUUGUUCCCUGGUGUUUGUUAGAGCAGUUAAUCUGAUCCAAAAACUAUAUUUUUAUGACAAGAACUGUGGUAUUGAGGGUCAUAAGCCGUAUACCUCAAAGCCAAAAGUACAGCUGCUCACACAUCUUCCCGACGACCUUCAAAGAUUUGGAACUGCUUUACAUUACGAAACCGAAAAAGGUGAGCAGUUUAACAAGCAUAUCCGUGAACACCUAAUGCAUACAAAUAGAUUAAACACCUCAAGAGACGUAUGUCUCAAAUUCGCCAAGCAAGCAGUUAUGAGACACGUCAUUGAUGGUGGUUCAUGGAUGAACAAAGACGGCCAGAGAGAGCAUUAUGGUGGUGAUACUGCAGUGUUCCUUCACGAAAAUGUCGACAAGAACUUCCAGGAUAUCUUGUUUGGCAGAUUAAGAGACUUCGCCAAUAACAACGACAUUGACAAUAUUGCAGACCUCCCACCUCGUAAUAAUACCUUUGGAGUAUUCGUGCUCAAUGAGAGUAGAGACCAGCCAGUCCAUUAUAUUAUUGGAAAGGUCUCCUCUCUGAGAGUAGAACACUACAGAGUUGAGAGUAGCGCCCAUGGUCAAGAGAACAACUUUCUCCUCGCAUAA